UCAAAAAAUAAAGUCAAAAUUCCGAUUUCCUGUUGUAUUCAUUUAAUUAUUUAUGAAUGGAUAAUUGUAUUUAUAACUAAUUACUCCGAAAUAUGAACAGUGGUGAUAAUAGCCCCACAACCCCUAUAGACAUAAGUGAUCGUGAACAAGCCGUGCUGAUGGAUCCUAUUGACCACAAUCGGUGCAGGUAUCCCUACUGCAUUGUUUGGACUCCCAUUCCAGUAUUAACAUGGAUUUUCCCAUUUCUUGGCCAUAUGGGUAUCUGUACGUCGUCGGGAGUGAUCCGCGACUUUGCUGGACCGUACUUCGUGUCGGAGGACUUGAUGGCAUUUGGGAACCCAACUAAAUACUGGCAGCUAUCUCCGCAGAAGGCUAAUAAUGGACAGACUGGAUGGGAUGCAGCAGUUGCCGAGGCCUCAGAAAUAUACAAAAAGAGAAUGCACAUCAUAUUCUAUGACAACUGCCACUCCCACGUGGCCACAGCACUGAACAUCAUGAACUAUGAUGGAUGCAAGAACUGGAAUAUGGUCAAAUUGGCUUUCUACAUGAUACCAUACUCCAAAUAUGUCAGUUUUGGUGCAUUCCUGAAAACAUGGCUGCCUUUCUUCAUCAUAGUGGCACUGAUAUGCGGGCUGGCUGCUAUUAUAUAAAGUGUUUACGUAUUAUAAAUGUGUGAUGUUACUGCAACUACACAUGAAAGAGUGAGAUCCGCACUGGAGUGACACCGGACACUGUUAUACCACUGCUUAUGUUUGUUGUGUCUUCAAAAGUCACUGGUGUGUAUAAAUAAAUCCGAAAACAAGAAUUAAAUCCUGAACUGAUCCAAUCAGUGUCUUUCAUCCUGACAGAAUAGUUCAAGUGCAUUUCACUGUGUUAAACAAAAAGAGUGCUAUUUUUAAUUUUGUGGUGAGCUAGAUGCUAGAAGUAUAUUUUAGUGAGUGAUGGAAUUGAAAUCCGGACGUUAAAGGGUUGUGUGAUAUGAAAAGGUGUGAGGUUUUUGUAUUAGAGAUUUUAAUCAAGUACUUUAUUUUAGUUGUUGCUAGUUUUCUAAUUUUAUUGUUGGUGUGAAGGGUCUCGACUGUUUCCAAACCGUUUUUGUAUUUAACGGAGUCUUUUAUAAUGUAAGUUUCGAGUUCUGAAUCUAUUGUCUUUACGUAGAGGGUACAUUGGUACUCAUGUACACAGUACAUUGGUGUACUUUAUAAACUUUUUACAUAAUCCAGAUCUUUUUAUUACAACAUUUUAAACAUUUGUACUAAUUGUAUUUGAUAGUGUGUAAAUAGUAAUAAACAUCAUUGCUCAGAUUAUAUUUUUAUUUACACUAAAAACUUAACAAAUAUUUUACAAUUUUUAUUUUUGUAUUUGUAACAAUACGACACAAUAGUGACAAGAUUUUUACUUGCAUUCAGAAAAGAAUAGUUUGUUAUUUUAAUGCUUGCAUUAAAUAAAAUGUAUCUUUAAAACUUAGUAUAGUUACCUAUCAUGUUUCAAUCUAGUUACUAUAAUUCUUAUUAAAUAGCCGUGUGAUCAAGCCUUAUUUUAAACAUAUCAUGCUAUUUUACACAUAAAGCCAUGAUUUUGUAGAAACAUUGUAAAUAAAUACACUGGUAGAUUGAUUA